AUGUGGCGUUUUGCAGUUCUUUACAGUUUAGCCAAAUCAAUUGGUAGAUUUCCGGGUAUUUCAUAUACAAAUACAUGGACAUGUGAAAAACUUAACAGUCCGCGAGAAAUUGAAAAUACUUUUCCCGUUUUUCAUGCAGUCAGAUAUUUUUUUGAUGUUGAGGGAAUUGAUAAUUCUUUUUAUGAUAGAACAUUUGAAGAUGAUUGUUGUAAAUAUUAUAAUCCAAAGUUUGUUAGAAAAAAUAAAAGAAAAUAUUUUUUUAAUUUUUUUAGAAUAUUAAAUAAAUAUAUAUCAAAGUAUUUAAUAAUAGCACCCCCGCCUCAAUCACCAAAAUAUUUUGAUAAAAUUGAGAAUGAAAUUAAAGAAUUAUUUACAUUUUCAAAAAGUGUUCAAAGAAGGGUUGACAAACGAAUUGAAAAUUUAUUUAAGUUUGUUUUUUUUUUGAAUAUUUUUGAAAAGACUAGAGUUUUAAAUAAAUUAAAAAUUUUUAGAGAUGAUAACUCCCACAAAUUUUGUGUAUUUACUCGCCGUGGCGAUUUUACUAAGCCAGAAUGGAAAAAAUGGCACAAAGCUACUGAUAAAGAAUUUACAGAGAAAGCAAUAGAAUUUAUUAUAGAAAACGAAUUACAGGUAUAUAAAAAGGAUGUUGAGGAAAAAAUCAAAAUAUUUAAUAAUAGUUUCGGGUAGGGGUAAGUAUGCAAUGAUGGGUGCUUUUCGAUUUUCAAAAAUUCAUUACUCGGUAGAGUUUUUAUAACGCGGUAGGAUCGGAUAAG